AUGGCAUACUUGGUGGCUUGGAUGACUGCAUUGAGCAGCGGAACGUUCCAUGGCGCAACCGCUCUCUUCGGGCUUCUCGCUGACGGCUCAGGGUACAUAACUGAUAGUAGCCUACAAAAGGCCCUUUGGAUUGGCGGCGUGGAACUCGCCGAGGAGAAAAGGCGUCUCCUGUUCUAUCGGCUGGAUAGAUACCCUGCCGCGUUUUGCCUGCGACUCCGUUUCGCAAGCGCUCCGCGGCAAGAUGCACUCAAGCUGGUCUUCCUGUUCACUACCGCGACCAUGCGCCGCGGAGUGCCCGAGGGUCGUUUCUCCUCAGAGUCCAGCGCUGAAGAGCGAGGCUUUGCUGGCCGUCAAGCGAAGGCGCGCCGAUGCUUGAGCGCUUCCCCGACUUUCCACACUUGCGCGAAGUCUGAGUGGGAGCGCCGCAGGGGUCCACGAUACACGAGCGCAACAGCAGGGGCCAGAAGUGUGAGCCCAGCAGGUAGCGCCAGGGGCAGGGGAAUGUCCCCCAGCGGCCAGCGGCCCUGCAUCCCGCCCAGAGCAAGCUGCCGCUGGGGCAUUGCCCAGUUGGUCGCCUACAUGCAGAGCCAUGAAGAAGCGCGAGGAGAAUUCGAAUGCUGUAAAAGCAUGCUUGCGCAAAGAAAGGAUUUCAAUCUACUAGAUUUCUGGCGUCUAUUUGACCCCGUAUGCCGCGGUUUCACGACAGCGGCGCAGAUCACUGAUGCCAUGAAACGCAUAGGCUUCUCUCCCGAUCCAGACGGGGUAGAUGCCUUUGUCAGCAAACACUCAUUGCUGCGGAACGGUCGGCUUCGCUACAGCGAUUUCAACAAGGCUUUUCUGUCGCUAGACAGGAGCAGUGCGGAAUGUCUACUAAACCGCCAAUCGUCGUACCGCGGAGGUUUCCCUGCCCCACACCUCUUUUUCUCGAAGGAGACUCGGGCGCUCGUAACCGAGACGCUUCGAGCCGCUGUCCAGGUGCGCUCGGGGCUCCAGAUGUUCCAUGCACGCGCUCCAUGGGGGAAGAAUCUGGCUGCGUUAUGUAUUGGAAUCGGGAACUGGAACUUUCUGGCAGGCUUGAGCGCAGGCUAA